AAUCAUAAGGAAGGGCAAAAGUGUAGAAUAGUUUGUUUUCCACCCUAUAUACAACAAUAAUAAUAAGACUUGGCCCACGAGGUAGAGUUAGUUACAUGGAUCAGACAACGAAAUUGCACCUUGUCAUAAAUCAUGUCUGAACUUUGCCCAUUUAUGCUUAUAUCUCUUUGAUCAACUCAUUCAAGGUCUUCUUAGGCCUCCCUUUGGCCUUAAUCAUCGGGCUAUUUCCCAUCUGAUCUUCUCUCCUAACCAGAUGUUCUUUUGGUCUUCUCUCAAUAGCUAACAUGACCUGGCCUAAUAAUAAUAAUUGUUAAUUUCUUAAAGUAUAUAAUAGAGUAAGUUCAUUGUAAGGAUCUACAGAAGCAUAAGUUGCAAGUACCUAAUGCAUAUUUUGUUGGAAUCUUAUGUGUAUGUUUAAUCUUUGGCAAUGCAUGAUAUUUAUGUUGCCUAUGGUGUAAAGCACUUUGACUUAUGAGAAUCAAUCUCAUGGGCUAUAAAUUAAUCUAACAGAUCAAAUCCUUAUUCUUCUUUUAUUUUGUCCAAUGCAUUAUGCCUACUUUUCUUCAGUCAAGUGUCUCAACUUUUAACAUGCUAAUACACAAGAAACACGACGUGGAUUUUGAAGGAGUUGAGUAUAUGCCAACGUUUAAUAACAAAGUUAAGUCAUGCAGGUAUUCAAGUUUCAAAUUUGGUUAUGAUUGAGUAGAAAACUUUGAAUCACAAAUGGCAAGUCUUUCUGUGUUACCAGUGAACUACUCAGGUUUCUUUCAUCAAAUUAGAGAAACUCGUUAUCUUAGAUCAAAGUUUUUGGGGAGAGUUGAUUAUGGCAGAGAUGUUUCUCUUCCACCAGCAAAUAUUUGUAAUUUGAAGAUUAAACCAAGAUAUGCAGACCCCAUUCAUACCAAAUUUGUGAUGUAUGCGGCGAGUAACGGUCAUCAUCUACGUUCUGAUGAUGGUUUGGCUCAGGAACCCUUUCUGCUAACAUUGAUCAAGGAAACCUUAUGGGGGCUAAAAUCUUUGUUUGUAUUUUUGGUUGAGCAACCUAGCCAACUAAAGUACAUAGAGUGGCCAAGCUUUAGUUCUACGCUGAAGACUGCAACUCUGACGCUUGUUCUUGUUGCGCUACUUAUUGUCGCCUUAUCAACCGUUGAUUCGGCUCUCUGCUAUGUUUUGGCUUUGUUUCUCCGUAAAGCCCCAUAACUAUACUUACAUUACAUGUACCAUAUAAGCAUAUACUAUAAUAUUGUAACACUAUCGUUGAUGCAUCUAGAACCGACUCAAGCAACUUAGCAUUUUCUUCCUUUUCUCUUUAGCAGACUAAUAAUUUAUGAAAGAUUAACAUAUUGAUAACUUAUGCUAAGUGCUUGGAAAAAUAGGCCUUAGUGGAAAUUUAAAUUAGAUUGCUUCACAGUUUUCAAGGUACCUUUAGGAUUUUAGUAUUUUUCGGACAACCAUAUCUAUCUCAGUAUUGUAUUACCGGAUGUUUAACCCAAUUAAAUGGUUUAUUGUUACAAAUUUAACUAUAGAGAAAAUCAAUUCCAGACUUUAAAGA